GAUGGAUAUUUUAGUGAGGCGCAGUUAACUUAUAAGGGUGAAUAUGAGAAUAACCAAAAAAUUGGUAGAUGGGAUAUUAGAUAUAGGAAGGAUGGAUUUUAAUUUGAAAGAAUGUAGUAUACAAUAAAGAAUGUUAGUGGUGGAGGAUCAAAUUCUCUAGUUUAAGGAUCUGAUUCAAUAAAAAUAGGUAAGUGGGGAGACUUCUUGUUUUUUCAGUAAGUCUUAAGUCAUUUACAAAGGAGAAUAUUUAUAUGGUAAUAGGAUUGGUAAAUGGGAUAUUUUGUUUAGGAACGAAAUUAGUGAAUAAUUUCACUUAAUGUAAGCAUAUAAAUAUUAAUUUUAGUGGUGGAGGGUUAUAUUAUUUGAGAGAAGAAUUAGGUUCAAUUAAGGGUGGAAAAUGGAUUGAGAUAACUGAGAAUUAUGGAAAUGGAAUAGGAUUAUCUGAGGUGAUCUAUGUUGGUUAAUAUUAAAAUGGCAAAAAAGUUGGAAUUUGGGUGGAAAUGAGAAUAGAUAAAGAGAUGAUGCAAGAAGGUUUUCAAAUAAGAAAGUAAAUUAAUUACAACAAUUGA